AGCUAUGCCGAUUUUUUCCACCAACCCCAUCCCGUCCUACCCCUCUCCCAAUCUCAAACCCACAGACCCCUGGCCUUUUCUCUCAAAUUUUCGCAGCUAACAGAACAUUUAGGGUUCGGCCUCCGCGAGAAAAACUUCGUCUUAGAAUCGAAACCCGAACCUUUCAAACGAUCGGGUGUUCGUUUCGCUCUACGUUUUUAAUUUUUCCUUCUUUUUUUUGGUGCCAAAAAAUGGGUGACAUGGAAAACGAUGCGAGGUACUCGAGCAAAUCCUAUGCUCUAAACCCCUAUAAUCCUUCUCAUCGCCCAAGAAAUUUGAUCCCCAGUUCCAAUUACACUCACCCAAUAAGAAAUAACUACGAAGUCGAGGACGACGACGAAUUCGACGUUGACAAUGACCGGCAGGAAGACGAGGAAGAGGAAGAAGACGAAAACCCAAAUGGGUACUGUCGCAAUCUCGAAGCAGAUGGAGAUUUUAAUAGGCACCCGAAGAAGAGGAAGUUAAGGAAUUCCAUUUCGGGCUACGAAUCCGUGGCCAGAAGUGCGAAAGAUUCGUACUCGGCGUGGAUUCCAGAGGCAGAGUGGAAUGAGCACGCGGUGUUCGUUUUGUUGGAGGUGUGGGGAGACAGGUUUCUUCAACUGGGGAGGAAGAGCUUGAGGUCCGAGGAUUGGAACGACGUCGCCGAGAAGGUCUCCGAGGUUUCGAAGACGGAGAGAACCGAGGUGCAAUGCAGGGCUAUGAUGGACAAGCUGAAGAGAAAGUACAAGAAAGAGAAGGCCAAAGUUGACGAAAUGGGAUCGAAUUCUAGCAAAUGGGUCUACUUUAAGAAGAUGGAUAUGUUAAUGGCUUCGUCGCCCAGGCAAGACUUCGGGCUGGCUUGUGGGGUCGAUUCGGGUGAGUAUGUGUUUAUGAAUACUUGGGUUUAUUUGGACAGGUCGAAUGGAUUUGAUGAGAUGAGGGAUAGUCCUGGGGAGUCGGAGAAUGAGGAGGAAGAUGGGAUUGAGUCGGAUGAGCCCCCACGGAGGACGAGAGCGAGAGGCCGUGGAGAAGGGUCAUCGUCGUACAGGGUGGUGGCGGAUUCGAUACAGAAGUUUGGGGAUAUAUAUGAGAAAAUUGAGAGUGGUAAGAGGCAGCAUAUGAUGGAGUUGGAGAAGAUGAGGUUGGAGUUCCAGAGGGAGUUGGAGUUGCAGAAGAAGCAGAUUCUAGAGAGGGCCCAGACGGAGAUUGCGAAAAUGCAGGAAGAGGAUGAUGAUGAGGAUUCUGAUUCUUCUGAAGAGAAUCUCAUAAAUUAAGUACUACUUGGAUAUUCUGCUUGGAUGAAAGGUUAUGGGUGUCAGUUUAUUGGAGGACUGCAAAUUAGGACAGGCACAACGGCGUUGAGGUCUGAUGGCUCGUUCGGGGAUUGACAUGAGAUGAGAAUUUUGUAUAUAGUAAGAUAGUUUGUGAAUAGCAGUGAGAUAGUUUGAGUUGAGUAUUUUUUGAG